GCACAACAUAGUACUGUUGUGCGGCCGAGAUAGGAAGCAUGUCACGAGCAGAGCCCCAUGUUGUGACAAAAGUCUGGGUCAGCAGACAGGACAGGGUCUCUAGAUAACAGGUUCAGCUUGCAUCAAUUGAUCAGGCUUGGCCUCGGCGUCUCGAGAGGGGUCAUAACGAUCCGAGUAACGAUCAACACGUAUACCUCUAACUCACCCCUGGACUCUUCGGCUAUCACCUCGUAUAUUUAAAGCACAUCUUCUUAGGCCCCUUCAGCCUCGAACACUAAGGCUCACACUCGCACAUACAGUCCUCCACUCUACAUUUCAUGCUCGACGGUACACAAUGGGCUCAUUGACCAACCUUCCUCUCCCCCGCACGGCCGAGCAGGUAACUGCUGAAUGGCUCAGCAAUGUCCUAGGCUACAAGGUCAAAGCUGCUGAAGUCACCAGGACUGUCCUCGACGAGACUGCAUCCAAGCUCUUCAUCACCUGUCAUUAUCAGGAUGAGAGUUCGCAGGAGUCUCGGCCACGCUACCUGUGCGUGAAAGGCGGGCUCAAUCCAGACAUGUUCAACCUCGAAGGCUAUCACGAGAUCCUGAAGCUCAUUUACACCCGCGAAGCCCUCUUCUUCUCUCGCAUCGCGCCAAAGUUGCGCCCUGAGCUGAUUCUCCCCAAGAUUUGGUGGGCGGGAGCAGACAUGGAGAUGGGGCAGGGCAUCAACGUCAUGGAAGACCUCAACCACGUCGGCGCCACCUUCGGGAACCCACUUGAUGACUGGUCCGUCGACAGUGUCAAGAUCGGCAUCGAGCAGCUGGCGGCCCUGCACAGCUCGACCUGGGGCAUGACCGCGACAGAUGAGAACGCGUGGAUUACUCGUGGAUACGACCAGGUCUUUUUGGGUCUGACGAUGAAUUGGGACAACAUGAUCAACGGCGAAGGCCGGCCCGAAUUCCCCAGCAUCAUCAAGGGCUCGCGAUCACGCGUUGUUGCGGCUUUGACCAAGCACUUCGCCAUCAGAAAUCCUCGCUUCCAGGCGCUGCUGCAUGGCGACCCGCAUACGGCCAACACAUUCUUUGACAAGGCCGGCAACCCGCGCUUCCUCGACUGGCAGCUCCUGCACAUUGGCUCCGUGUUCCACGACUUCGCGUACUUUGUUGUUGGGGCACUCUCCGUAGAAGAUCGGAGACAGCACGAGGUUGAGAUCGUGACGCACUACCUCGAUACUCUUCACCGGUUCGGCGUGCCAAAGAUGACGGUCGAUGAUCCAGAGGUCAUGAUAGAGUAUCGCAAGUCGUGCAUGUCAGGCAUCGGGUGGAUGCUUACUCCUUACAACAUGCAACGCAAGGAGAGGGUGGUGGCCAUGAGCGCGAGAUACUGCGCGGCUAUUGUGGAUCACGAGGUCAUCGAGCUGCUGGAGUCACUUCCCGGCCCGGAGUGAGGCUGCAGGUGCUGUUCAACUAGAUUCUACCAUUGAGUCAUGGGUUGUCUUGUACUAGCAAUGAUGGGGGCAGAUACUCCCCUUCGUUGCCGCCUCAUUAUCAACGGGUGAUAUUGCGCUGCUCCACGUCUCGUAGAUUAGAACAGAGUCCCAUUGUUUUAUUUCCA